AUGGCGGAACCAACAGCGAGUGUCCACGACGCUGCCAAGACAGGGAACAAUGGAGCAACUGCUGCGUCACCAACACAACAUCCCGAGGACGACUUGCCUGAUUACUCUGUGGAGGAACAAGAACGAGAAGAUGCCGAACUCGCGCUCGCUCAGGAGGAGCAGGAAGGGGAGAUCGAAAUCCCCGAUGACAUUGUUGGCCGUGGGUGGUUCGAUCCUCGAAUUGAGCCCUUGAAAGACGAUGUCGAUCUUCGUGCGCAAGCGUUCUAUGCCGAGCCUCGUCCAGGGUGGGAUCGUAGCCCCGCGAACAUACCUGAAGGACAUCCUUUUCGUGCGAUCGUGAAAGUCUUCGACGAGUCACCUUUAGGUUCCGACAUUUAUAUCAAGGCAUACCACCUUUCCGAUGAACUGGCAUUGGACCUUAUUCUUCACUAUGGAGCAUCACGGAAUAUUUUUGCUAUCCUGGAUAUGUGGACCAUGGCGUGA